AGGCGAGUGAUUAUUGUCUGGCAGCUCCAGCAGCAGCAGCAGCAGCAGCAGGAGGAGGAGGAGGCUCGGGAUUUGCAUGGGCUGAAGGCUGCUGAGUAUUUUUAGCUGGUGCGGCUCAGAUCACGUCGCGCACACACAAGGCGACACUCGGUGCUGCGGACGCGCCGCACAGACACAACCGCAAUCCUUCCCAAGCACACAGGCCGCUCCUGCUCAUGGCCAGCUCCGACUCACUCAAAGGGGAAGAGAUCCCACAGCCGCCCGAGUCUCCCCCAGACACGGCUUGUAGGGAGGCACAGAAGUGGAUUGAGCAAGUUACCGGCAAAAGCUUUGGUGACCGAGACUUUAGGACGGGACUGGAGAAUGGAAUCCUUCUGUGCGAGUUAUUAAAUGCUAUAAAACCGGGACUUGUAAAAAAGAUCAACCGACUUCCUACUCCCAUUGCUGGAUUGGACAAUAUAACAUUAUUUCUAAGAGGUUGCAAAGAGCUUGGGCUGAAAGAAUCUCAGCUGUUUGACCCAGGUGACCUACAGGACACAGCUAACAGGACAACAGGCAGGACUUCAGAUUGCAACAGAAAACUAAGGAAUGUACUCAUCACCCUGUACUGGCUGGGGAGAACUGCAAACGGCUGCUCAUCCUAUAGUGGCACCAACCUGGACUUGAAAGAGUUUGAGGGAUUGCUGGCACAAAUGAGAAAAGAAAAUGAGGAAAUAGAGAGUCCAAAACGCAGCAUACGGGACAGUGGCUACAUAGAUUGUUGGGACUCGGAGAGAAGCGACUCCCUCUCUCCCCCCAGGCAUGGCAGAGAUGACUCCUUCGAUAGUCUAGACUCAUUUGGAUCUCGAUCACAGCAGACACCAUCUCCAGAUGUAGUCCUGAGGGGAAGCAGCGAUGGCAAAGGAAGUGACUCUGAGUCUGACCUACCUCACCGAAGGAUCCCUGAUGUGCGAAAGGAUGACAUGUCUGCCAGGCGGGUGUCCUACGGUGAAAACAAAGCAUUUGUGCCUUUCAACCAAUACCUCCCCAACAGGAGCAACCAGACCGCCUACAUCCCAGCACCUCUGAGAAAGAAGAAGGCCGAGCGUGAAGACUACCGGAAAAGUUGGAGCACAGCCACGUCCCCCCUGGGGGGAGAGCGACCCUUUAGUCCCAAACAAAGCCCAAUCAUUAAAGAAGAACAAAAUGAGUUGCAAUGUGAAGGAGAAGGGACCAAGCAAAUGAUUGCCUUAAAAGAACCUUGCCUUGAAGCAGACAAUAGGAUUGAGAGAAUUGAUCAAGGGGGUGUUGUGGGACAAUCCCCUGCCAAAGACGACAUUCCAAAUGAUGUAGAGGAAGUGAGGAAGUGCAACAAACUUCAGCAAGCGGGAAUUAAGGUCUUGCCUGCAACAAGUCGCUACAGCAGUCAAAGCCAAGUUUCUGAAGUCAUUGAUGGCGCUCCAGACAUUGUGUUACGGAAAGAGAAUGCCUUCCUGAAGGCAUAUGAAGGGAUGGGCUCUGAUUCAGAAGAAGAAGAAGAGUGCAAAAUACCCGAUGUACAGCGAGAUGACUUGGCCACAAGACGUGCAAGGAUGAACCAACCAAAAAGCCCAAUGCAGUUUAAUCAGUAUAUACAGGGGUCCUACUUAAACAAAACCAGAGCAACAGGAAAACAGGACAGUUCCAAAACUUCCACUCCAACUUCUCCAAAAAUGUCUCAGAACAACAGUGCAGCCAGCAACAGGGAGAACCAAGGUCCCCCGUUAUCGGACAUCUGCAAGGAAAAGGCAUUUCCAAAAUACUCAGACAAAGGAGAUGUAGAAGCAGAACAAGAAAAAAUUCCCGACAUUCAGAAAAACGACCUGGCGAAACGCAAAGCCAAGGCUUCUGUUUCACUGCCAAAGGAACCAUCGGCCUUUGCAGCAGUUUCAAUUACAAAGGCCGACAUGGAAACUUGGCAGAGGCUUCAGGUGUCUUCUGAAGAUAGUGAGCACAUGCUUGACAGACAGGCUGACCAGCAAGAGCAAACAUCCGGGAUUGAUGUGACUAGAGCGACGAAUGAUGACUUUGGGAGGAGAAAAUUGUCCCUGCAAGAGAAGAGGGCUCGGAAUAAACAGAAGUUCGUACAUUUUGGCCCAGUGACUGAAAUUGAUCAGCAGAAGUGGGAUAGACUUUGUAUAGCUAAGGCUGAAUCUGGCCAAGAUACUGAAGAGGAGAAGGGCAGCAUUAAGUCUGAUGGAGCUGCCAGCCAUAUAUCUGCCUCUGCUUCUGCUCAGUGCUACCAACCCCAGCAGAAAGUCAUCAUAGGGCCAGUGUUGCCAAACGAGUCAAGAUCUACGCCAGAGGGACUUGGUUCACCAGCUCCUCCUGAAAAUGCAAGUGAAAUCCAGUGCCUUGAAACACAGAGAGACGAUAUGAUGGCAAGGAGAAAAGGUUCAUUCCAAAAGCUUUCUAGAACCAAUGGAGACUCUCCAGUGUCCAACCAAUAUGCAAUCCAUAGCCAACUACAUGAAGAGAAGUGUGAGGCACUGGAACCCAGUGAUGAAAAACAAGAACUCUUUCUGGAUGUCAACCCUCAACUGAGAAAGUUACUGCUAUCGGACUUGGCAAAUACCAGUUCAAAAGCAACUAGUCCGGUACUGGGGAUCAAGCCACCGAAUGUAGCUAAAGAAGCCGAAGAUGUAAAAGAUGCCAUAAAGGAAGGUGACUCUAACACACAAAAAGAUCCAGACUUCAAGAUCCCAGAGGAUAAUAAUGCAGUUGCUCCAGACCCAAAAAAAGAUGACAUGAUGACUAGAAAAAUUUCAGUGGGCCAGAAGCCAUCUUCCGUCAGCCUUGGGCACUUCCUUCCUGUUCCUUUUUCUUUGCAGCGCAGAGAAGAGGAAAAUAAACAAACAAGCGGCAUCAUAUCGAGCACCAUAAAGCCCAAAAAUGCUGCCCAUGUUGGAAUUUCUGAUGUUCCUUCUAAGCCCCUCAACCAGAAAGAAACAGAAGAACAUUCUAAUUUAGCAUAUGAUGUGACUCGCAAUCAAGGCUGCAACAGUGUAGAGGCCCGACAACAGGACGGUCUUGAGAGGGAAACGAUACAGUCUCCUGACUUGACCAAUGCUGAUUCAAAAACAACUAUUCCUGCUUUGGGCAACACCUCUCCAGCAAUAACAAAAGAAGCUGAUGUUGUAAAAGGUGACUCUGUCACAAUCCAGCAGCCAAAUUCAGCUAUAUCCAAGGACAAUACAAUGGCACCAGACCCAGAAAAAGAUGACAUGAUGACAAGAAGAAUCUCGGUAACCCAGAAGCCUGUUGUAGGCCUUGGCCACUUCCUUCCUGUUCCGUUUUCUUUGCAGCAAAAAGCCGAGGAAAAGAAAUCAACGAGCUCUACCCUAUCGAGCAAAAUAAAGUCAAAUAAUUCCACCCAAGCUCCUGCAGUCGGCAGUUCUGACCUUCCUAAUAAGCCUCUCGAUCCGAGUGAAACAGAGAAAAAUGUUGAAUUACCAACCGAUGUGACUUGCGAUCAGACCUCCAUUGACCGAAUUAGUGAUGGGAAUCCCACCGGUAAAGCGUUAGAUACCCAGACAGAAGAUGCUCUUGAAACGUGUGACCAUGAGUUAUUCAGAUUCAGCCCAAGAUCUGCUCUGUCUGAUGAUACAGAGAGCAUGAGCAUGUGCGACAUGAGGUAUGAAGAAGAGGGGAGUAUGUUGCCUCACAGCAAGGCACACUACGAUCAUCUAGAGCAGGUCAACAGCUUGCUCAAGGAGGAGGAUGACACAUGGCAAAAUGACCUUGCUCGGUGGAAGACAAGGAGGAGAAGCGCAUCACAGGAUCUGAUCAAGAAAGAGGAGGAGAGGAAGAAGAUUGAGAGACUGAUGAGCGGAGAGACUGAACUGUCAGAGCGUAGGAAAAGCAUAAAAACGUAUAGAGAGAUUGUGAAAGAAAAAGAACGUCGAGAGAGAGAACUGCACGAAGCCUACAAAAAUGCCAAGACCAGAGAUGAGGCUGAACAUAUAUUACAGAGCUACAUUGAAAAGUUUACAAUUAGCGAAGCUGUUCUUGAGGGAUUAGUGAUGCCAACAUUUUUAGAAAAAAGCCAGUCAGUGGAGCCAAGUUUAUUGUCUUCAUCAGAGGACCCAAACCCGCUGAAAUACCUGAGGGAACAGUCUUUGCCAUCACCAAAAUACACUUCCACUGUUGAAGCAACGGUCUUUCCCAGCAGCCCAUGUGAAGCAAAGAGUCCGACAGGUCUAAUAUCACCAAGCAAAAACAUUAGCUCAAAGACUGUGCCUAUGCUAACAGCCAAGCCUUACUCCCAGCCCAAAAACACCCAGGAAGUCCUCAAGACAUUUAAGGUGGACGGAAAGGUGAAUCUCAACGGGGUGGAGGAGCAGAAGGGAAAGGAACAUGAAAGCCAGACAUUUGCCCCAUCACUAACCCAAUCUCAGAUGUUUGAAGGUGUAGCCAGAGUUGAUGCUCCUGUUGUUGAAAUAAAGAAAGACAUAGCUUCCAUUGAGCUUAAUCUGGCCAGACCAAACAACCUGAAUUUGUUACAUGAAUCCAAAAGUCUCCAUGAAGACAGUAAUCACAUAAACCAGGAGGAUGAACCAGAUUCUCUUGUACUUGAGGAAAGUCUUUACUCUGUGGAACAAUUGUCAGAAGGUAACACACAGUCUAAUAGCACAACCCAGGAUGUACCUGCUGUGAGCAGUAUAGAGAUUCCACCAUUGACUGUCAAUGGGACGGAUACUGAGGAUGAGAGGAAGGUGGAAGCUGCCGAGCUGAUUAUGCAUUGGUCUCUGGACUCCAAUUACAGUGAAGCCAAAGAAAAUUCCUUACAGCCUUUAAAAAGUUCUGAAAAUGUAGACGAAUCCUCCAAGAUUAAAGUGAAUGAAUCAUCAAACAAAGUACAGCUAAACAUUACGCUUCAGACCCGGAAUGCCUGGAGACGAUCCCAGUUUUUUUUGCAGCCAGUGGAUAUAGAAUGUACAGAGAAGUCACCAGCACUAGUACCCAAUCUGAAUUCUCCUAACCGAUUCUGCACAUGGGACCCAGAAGAAGAACGCAAAAGGCAAGAGAAAUGGCAGCAGGAACAGGAAAGGCUUCUCCAGGAGAGGUACCAGAAAGAGCAGGAAAAACUUAAGGAGGAAUGGGAAAAAGCUCAGAAAGAAGUAGAAGAAGAGGAAAGGAAAUAUUAUGAAGAGGAAAGGAAGAUAAUCGAAGACACUGUGGUACCUAUCACUUUAUCCCCAAAUUCUAAUGUGCACUUUAAUAUCUCUGAAAGAAAUGGAAACUUUAUUCCAGCACUUACAGACCAUGCCAAGAGAGAUCAAGAAAAUAACAAUGAAAAGCUAAUGGCAGAGUCCAACAGAGCGAUAAAGAGCGAGAUACAUACGCAGAGCAACGUAACACAGCAGCAGCUUUUCUAUACACAGGAGGGGUCAAUGCUUGCUGCUGAAGAGACGCAAAUAAAGGGAAAAACAGAGAAGCGGGAUGCGGAACCAUGCAACCAUGUGCAGUCUAAUGAAUGUAACACACCCACCAGGUUAACCUUGCAGGCAGGAUUUAAACAAGCGACGUCAUCAGAGUCAGGUCUGCCUGGGGAUCUUGAAUCACUCAAAACUCCCGUCGAUGAAAAUGCUGCCCAUCAGAAUAUGUCUUCCUUAAUAUCCACAAGGGGAACUGAUUCCAAGGAAGGGACAGUGAAUUCUUCACAGUUGUCUACAUCACAAUGCCAAUCACCAAACAGGUCUGUUAGUGGGAAAAAACUGUGCUCCACAUGUGGACUUCCUCUAGGCAAGGGAGCUGCCAUGAUAAUUGAAACCCUCAGUCUUUAUUUCCACAUCCAGUGCUUCAAGUGUGGACUGUGUAAGGGACAACUUGGAGAUACGAUCACCGGCACGGACGUCAGAAUUCGAAAUGGCCUGCUGAACUGCAAUGACUGUUACAUAAAAUCCAGAACGGCUGGCCACCCCACCCCUUUGUGAUGCCCCCUGGAGCUAUGAAGAACUCGUAGAGAAGAUGACUCCACAAUACUGGGCGGGCUGAUUGCAGACAAUCACGUGUAAAAGCAGAUCCCUGCAGCACUUGUACCACUCAUCUCCUCUUCUGACAAAAACUGUGUGUGAUGCUUGCCGGCAAAUGACACUUUUGGCUUUACAUUUCAAUGGCAGGAUUUUAUUUGCAUAGCAAUACUGAUAGAGCCUGUUUUAUAUUUGCCAAGAGACCGGACCCCCCUGGCUUCAGCUGUUUCAUGCCCAUAUAAUGAAGAGACUUGAGUUACAAGAUAGAUGUUGGACACUGUGCUUACUGACCUGUAAACUACAUGCUCUCAUGUGCCUCUUUGGUUUAACAUAAAGAAAAAAUAAAGUUGUAAGAAAUGUAUCGGGCUGUGCAAAUAAGACAAAAAAAAAAAAAAGCCAUGUGAAUUUACGGCACCACUGUGUCAUUGCUUUGGCCAUAUUAUGGGGAAAAAACUCUGUGUGUUAUUGUAGAUUUACUCUUCAUUCAGAUAAUAAAACUCGUCAAAUUAGGGCUACAAAA